GUUUAAAAAUAUUUAUGUUUACAUUUUUAGAGGUUUUCUGCUAUAUACGCCAGGAUAUGAAGACAAAAAUAAGAAUUCUUUCAAUAAUUGCGUCCGGAUCUCCGUUACGCAAGAACGGAGACCACAUAAUUCCUACCUGACGUUUUUUCACAAGAAAUUUCACGUCUUAUUUCAUAAAUUAAUUCAGACUUUAAAUACAAGCCUUACACCAAUUUUAAAACAUUAAAUACCUUUUUGAAUAACUGGUGCUGUCAUUACAAGUCCCGUUCAACUACAAGUCCCAUCAGCCACCUCGGUAUUAUCCAUGCGCUGCAGUCAAUCAGCUGUUGAGGCAACUGCUGACUACUUCGGCACCACCAGGGCAGCUCGUUUGUGAAAUCCAAAGCCCGACGAGGCGUGGAGAAGUAGCUUUAUUCACAGUCUCAGAAAGGUGAACGAUAAAGCUUCCCAAACCAUGCAGGAUGAUUUACUGAUGGACAAAAACAAAGGCCAGCCUCCGUAUCAGCAAGAGCCCACGCAAGAACCCCCUCCAUCCACGCCGACCCCAUCAUCGGAGCCUUCCUCCUCAGCCUCCGACUCGGACAGCCCGUCCAGCGGGAGCAUCCAGGCGCAGAGCAGCAAGGACAAGGCGCCGAUGGAGUCCCCCAUCCUGCCCGGCCUGAGCUUCCCCCAGCAGCCUCAAGAGACCGGCGGGCCCCUCUCCGCCCCCUCCUCCACCUUUGGAAGCACUUGGUCCACGGGGACCACGAACGCUGUGGAUGACAGCUUUUUUCAAGGAAUACCCUCCGUGAACGGGACAAUGCUCUUCCAGAACUUCCCCCACCCCGUCAACCCGGUGUUCGGGGGGAAUUUCUCCGCGCAGAUCGGUCUACCCCCCCAGUCCCAGCAGAGGAGGUCCCCUGUCAGCCCCAGCCAGGGCCCUUUCCCCCAGAGAAACGUUUAUCAGACCAUCAUCAACAACAGCAGGGGCUCCCCUGCGUCCUCCCCCACCUCCGCUUGGAAUAAUCACCAAAACGCGGCCUGGAGCACAGGUUCGAACCCCUGGAGCGCACUGCAGGCCGGCAGGGACCCGCGGAGAGCGGUGGGCGUCGGUGCAGGAGUCGGCGUUGGGGGGCCCUCACCCCUCAGCCCAAUUUCCCCCAUGAAAAAGCCUUAUUCUAGCACUGUGAUUGCACCCCCCAAAUUUCCAAGACCUAACCCCCUUGGGCCCAAGCCCUGGAUGGAGGACAGCGCCUUCAGGCCUGACAACGUGCUGCCUUUCCAGGACCGGAAUCGCCCUUUUGAUGCUUUUGGCUUGCAUUCUUUGGAGAGUUCCAUAAUGGAAAUGAUAAGGACUGACCAUGACAAAGGUAAACCACAGCCAGCUGGUGGCCCACCAAUGACUAUCGCUGAUAUUAUAUGGAGGAAUCACUUUGCAGGACGAAUGGGACUCAACAUUCAUCACCCUGGAUCUGACCACAUCGUGCCACUUAAUACCCGGAGCUAUGGCCGCAGAAGAGGUCGCUCUUGCCUUUUUCCCUUUGAAGAUGGUUUCCUGAACGACGGGCACGGCGACCCUUCCUUGCCUCCUGGUCUGAACUCCCCGACCCGCUGUCAGAAUGGAGAAAGGAUGGAGCGCUAUUCCAGGAAAGUCUUUGUGGGAGGCCUUCCUCCAGACAUCGAUGAAGAUGAAAUCACCAACAGCUUCCGCCGCUACGGACACCUGGUGGUAGACUGGCCCCACAAAGCCGAGAGCAAAUCCUACUUUCCACCUAAAGGCUAUGCCUUCCUACUGUUCCAGGAAGAGAGUUCUGUUCAGGCUCUGAUCGAUGCCUGCAUCGAGGAAGACGGCAAGCUUUACCUUUGUGUUUCCAGUCCCACCAUCAAAGACAAACCAGUCCAGAUCCGUCCCUGGAACCUGAGCGACAGUGACUUUGUCAUGGACGGCUCCCAGCCUUUGGAUCCCCGCAAGACCAUCUUUGUUGGAGGUGUGCCACGACCUCUGCGUGCAGUGGAGCUGGCUAUGAUCAUGGACCGACUGUAUGGAGGGGUCUGCUACGCCGGCAUCGACACUGACCCAGAGCUCAAAUAUCCGAAGGGAGCCGGCCGCGUCGCCUUCUCCAAUCAGCAGAGCUACAUCGCUGCAAUCAGCGCCCGUUUUGUUCAGCUGCAGCACAACGACAUCGACAAGAGGGUGGAGGUGAAGCCUUACGUCCUCGAUGACCAGAUGUGUGAUGAAUGCCAGGGGGCACGCUGCGGGGGCAAGUUCGCCCCCUUCUUUUGUGCCAAUGUCACCUGUCUGCAGUACUACUGCGAGUACUGCUGGGCCAGCAUCCACUCACGUGCCGGACGAGAGUUCCACAAGCCGCUGGUGAAGGAGGGCGGCGACCGCCCUCGACACGUGUCUUUCCGCUGGAGCUGAGAGGGGAGGGUUUGGGGGUGGAGGGUCUGCCUUACCCUGGUGGGAGAACAGCCACCAGACUUUUAGAAGAAUAGAAUAUAACCCGCCCAGAAUCAGCUCAGCUAAUCCCCCUCUCACAACGCCCCCUGCACCCCCCCCCCCUUGUGAAAACAAACAUAAAACGGAUACAAUUACAUGCACAAGACUGUUGAAACCACAUGGCUCUGAGCUCUGACUUGUGUUCCACUCUGAAGAAGCUUUUUGGGAAAAUGACAUACAAACUCACAGCUUAAACAAGCUUCGAUUUUGCACUUUGGCACAAGAUCUCACUAGAAACACCUGCAAGAAUGGUGAACACGUGCAGGAAUGGUGAACACCUGCAAGAAUGGUGAACACCUGCAAGAAUGGUGAACACCUGCAAGAAUGGUGAACACCUGCAAGAAUGGUGAACACCUGCAAGAAUGGUGAACACCUGCAAGAAUGGUGAACACCUGCAAGACGGUGAACACCUGCAAGACGGUGAACACCUGCAAGAAUGGUGAACACCUGCAAGAAUGGUGAACACCUGCAAGAAUGGUGAACACCUGCAAGAAUGGUGAACACCUGCAAGACGGUGAACACCUGCAAGACGGUGAACACCUGCAAGACGGUGAACACCUGCAAGAAUGGUGAACACCUGCAAGAAUGGUGAACACCUGCAAGACGGUGAACACCUGCAAGAAUGGUGAACACCUGCAAGAAUGGUGAACGCCUGCAAGAAUGGUGAACGCCUGCAAGAAUGGUGAACACCUGCAAGACGGUAAACACCUGCAAGACGGUAAACACCUGCAAGACGGUAAACACCUGCAAGACGGUAAACACCUGCAAGACGGUAAACACCUGCAAGACAGUAAACAACUGCAAGACAGUAAACAACUGCAAGACGGUGAACACCUGCAAGAAUGGUGAACACUUGGAAGAAUGGUGAACACCUGCUGGACGUAUUACAACUGCAGGACGGUAAACACCUGACUGCUUUUAGUUCCCUGGUAUGUUGACUGGUCAGUGUGGUACAUUCUGAUUGACCCAACCCUAUAUUAAAACAGUAGUGGUCUCAUAUGAAUAUUAAAAAAAAAUAUCUUUAUUUUUUUGCUUUGUACCUAUGUAUUCAUACAUGGAGAAUUUAAAAUGUAUGUAAAAGAAGCAUGCACUUAUUUUUUAAAGGCUGUAGUUGUGUUGCCCCUAGUAAAAAAAUUACCAAAGGUAAAUGAAAUAAAUAGAGAAAAGCAGAAUAGGUGGCAUAAAACGUAGCAAAACCUAACAACUGUAUGGGCUUAUAAUGUCCAGGAAAAAACAACAUAGUUUGGUUCCUGAUUUUGACUUGGAAGAUAUUAAUACCUCAUACACACAAUCAAAUUAGUUCACCUUCAAUUUGCAAGUCUUUAUUUUUUUGAUAAGAUAGAUGAUUCUUUUAUUGUUAUAUAAAUGUGAUGCAGGCAGAAGCUUUGCUGCUAAAUCCAUGGUAUAAGCGUACUAUAAGUACUUUUUUCUGGCUGGAGUGUAAAAUAUAAAAACCGCUGUUGAGAAACAGAUCGACGAGCCGCCUCGCGCUCAGAGGGGCCCUGAGGAGCCCUGAGGCAAUGACGGCUAACUUUGUUGGUGGGGGGUCAGGGUGUUUGACCCUAACUGCAUGUUUGUUUUCAAUCAGGUCCUUGCAUGCAAUAGACUUUUUAGUAUCAUACCUACUAUUAGUAUCAUACCUACUAUUCAACUCUGCCCAUGUUUGCACAUCACCCUAGACCUGAACCUGCACCAAACUGGACAGUGGAGGAAAAGGUCAGAGGUCAAGGCCAGGCUUACGGGGUUCUCAUCCAAGUGACAAGGAGGUGAAAAAACAAGUGAAAUGUAGGAUUACCAUUUAAAAACUGUCCAAUAGGUGAAGUACUUUUUGCAGUGAUUCUUGAUAUAAUUGUGCAAUUUUUUAUACCGUAUGUAGUUAGAUCUGAGUUUGCCUAGAACUGUGAUUCGCUUUAACUGUCGUUAAUGUCCGACAUAGAAGUCCUGUGAAGCUUCAUAGCGAGUGUCUGCACACAUAUUAUGGUCUCUUGCACACGUCAGUAUACACACACAGGACACACGACCGCACACACGUGGACGCCGCACAAACACGAGUCUGAGCAGUUUAGAAGAUGUGAGAGAUUCUGGGUUUUUGUUUUUCUUUUGGAGAAAAAGUGCAGAAGGCAACCAAAGAGCUGUGGUGAGCGCUGAGACGUUACAGAGGGGCAGCCAGGCCGUGGAGGGGCGGGACAUGAAACGCUAAAGCUACUGAGCCCCGCACAUCCCCUCACUGGAGGGGGUCGGCUGGGAGGAAGGGGAUCCAGAACAUGCAGAUGUGCGACCCGGGGUUACCGUAUUUAUUUUUCUACUUUUUUGUCAUUUGUUUUUCCUGCAAAGCUUGAAGUAAUUGACCUGCUAAAAGUGGUGGACAAAUAUGUAUUCAGUUGUACCAGAAGGAACAAUCUGGAUUUGCUGGGGGGUGGGGGGUCGGUAACCAAGUGACACUGGUUGAGGUUUUACAUGACUGCAUGCUGAUGCGUCCCCCCCUUUGCCUUUGAGAUCUGAUGUUGAUCCUGGAGCCCCAAAGUCCCCGCCCUCUUUUACCUUUUUUUUAGUCAUAAACUGUUUUUCCUGCUUUUUUGUGUGUCUUAGAAAUCAUGAAUGCAACUUAAAAAGAGGAGUUACAACAAGCAUCCUUAUAAAAACCAAGAGUUGUGGGUGUUUUUGUGACUUUCUUGAACCCUUGCUUUGUUUCUGUUGAUGGGUUGUCUUUGUGCACUACACUUGGAACAGUUCAGCAUGCUUUGACUGACAGGAUCUCUUGUAAUACCUCAAUUUUGAAAAUCUAUAAAGAGAGAAAAAUAUUUUCUAAGUAAAAUUAUUCAGAUGAAAAAGAUAUAUUAAUUUAAAUCUUGAAGAGAAUUGAUUUAACAAGUUGAUUUAUUUUUAUGCCUUAUUUUAGUUUUUUUUUUUAAGGCAUCAACUGAAGGAAGUAGAGCUUUAUAACUAACAAUCAUGUAGUUGGUGGGAGUAUAGUUCAGAGGAAUCUAAUAUCAGGUGCUGGGAGAGGAAACGGAACACCUUUUUGUAUAUUUAUAACCAUUUAUUAUCCUGACCAGAGUUGUGAAAGAUCUUCUGUUUGUUAUUUUUUUAAAGAGGUUUUUUAUUUUCUACGAGUCUUUUGUUCUGUGCUAGCACCACGGCAACCCUGAUUGGUUCUCUGAGAGGAAAGCAGACAUGGGGGGGUGGGGGACAACCAAGGAUGUUUUCUGGACUGGAGACCCCCCCCCCCCCCCCCCUCUCUGAGGUGCAUCAGUAGACUGGUGACCUUCUAUUCAUGCAAGACUUGAAUUAGUCCCAUUUCUAAGGCUUUCUUGUGAUGUGCAAUACUGUUUGUACUGUUUGUAGAAAAGAAGAAAACAAGAAAAAAGAGGCAGAAAUCUUUAUGGCAGAAUUAUUUUCAUUGCAAGCAUUGUGAUUCACUAAAGAUCAUUUUCUACUGUGUAUUUACCUACUCUACCUACUAGUAUCCUCCAGUAGUAAUGUAGCCUUUGUACUGAGAAAUUUUUAUUAGUUUUAGAAAGUUUUGCUAAAAGAGAAAAGUAAUUUAAACAUUUGCAUGUUUUUUUAUUUUGAAUUUCAUAUUCUUCUUUACAGAUUUUUUUGUCAAACAUUAGGAGGGGAAGUUUUCACAACUGGUAAAUGUCUUUAUUAUUAAUUUUUUUUUUUUACUUGGAAUGAAUUAAUUUAAUGAUGCAAAUUCUUUAAAUAAACCUUUUUUUCCUUCAUCUGCUCACUUUCUUUUGGAGCUGAGAAAAGCCUUUGUAAUAUUGUUACUAAAGUGUCUGGUUUGUUAAAGAGCUAAGCUUAAUUUCUGAUGUUGCUUACAUUUGUGUGACAAUGAUCUAUUCACUAGGAAAAAAAAACUACUCCUGAGAAACAGAUUGGAGGUUGGUGAUGUACAAGUGAUUUGUAAUGUACACAAAUGAAUGGGCAAUAAAGUCAAAAUGGCUGAAUAUGGA